UUAUUAUUAGCAAUUGUAAACAUUUGACGUUGCAUGAAAACAGAAUAUUGUUGACAGAAAAAUUAAUAAUUUAUAAGAAAAAUGGUAACACUUACCGAUUCGCCCAAACCAAAUAUCGAUAAUGAAGCAGUGGUGGAGGAGGAGGACGACAUUACUGCCGCAUUGGCUGCAAUGAAUCUUACAAUUGGUGAUCAAAUCCAAGAACUAAGUAAACGUCUUAAUAACAUCAAUGAAGAGCUGCAACAACAGGUGCGUGACAAACAUGGAGCCCUACUGCAACAGGCAACUCAUGCCGGACGCUUUGAUGCGGCUCUAAAUACUUUGGCCGAUGAUGUGCAACGUAUACGUAAUUCCAGUUAUCGUCUUAAGCAUCAAGUUGAUCAUCAAUAUCAAUUAAUAGAGAAUCAAUCGAAGGUUUUGGCACGUCUACAUGAAUUAUCACAUCUUUUAAGAUCUUCCAAAACAUUGCUAACUUUGACCUCCAAAUUAAGGAACACUAAAGAUGUUCUCAAGCAGGCGGAGUUGCAUUAUGAAUUGAAUGAACUAAUUGAAGAUCCGGAUUUGAAGAAAAUUGAAUUUGUACAAUCGGCAAGAAUGUAUGUUAUAAAUUCCAGACAGAAAAUACGCAAUCUAACACAAAUGCAAUUGGUUACGGGUUUGCAGGAACGGAAUGAACAACAAAUUUGUAAUGCUUUGAAGAUCUUUAUAAAUUUCAACACCCUAGAUAACUCUUUAGAUAAUCUCGUUAAAACGUUCAUUUCUGAUUUAGAACAAUCACUUAAAGAGUGUUUUGCUGGCAAUGAUAUCUCUAUAUUAAAUAAAAAUGAAGCCAAUAAAACAAUAACUUCUUCACCAAAAUCAGCCGCCGCUGCUGGUCUUAGAGGUCCAGGAAAAACUCCCCAAUUGACAACAACGCAAAACUUUCGUGCAAAAUUCUGGAAAUCUUUACAUUGGCUGCUUUACGAUGAACUUUAUGAGUGUUGUACACAAAUUCAAUUGCUAAAACAGGCUUUAGAAGAUGUGCAACAGUUUGGCACAUCGGCUGCUAGUGCUGAACAAACUAUUAGUCAACGCUUUUGGCAAGCUGUACAGGAACUGUUAAGAAAAUCCUUUAAGGAAUGUCCUGCACAUAUAACACAAACUUUACAGGAAGGUUUAUCUAAACUACUUAGUUCUGUACGUGGCCUAGAGCAAAAGGUAAAUAAUGCAUUUUUGUUUGAUGACGAUUUGUUUACUCACCUGGAAGUGGGUUAUGUUAGUAAGUGUGGUGCCAAUAUGAAAGCCUGUAUGGCGGGAGUGGAUUUGCCUAAUAAUGAAACUGUUGAUAAUUUCAUAAGAGUUGCGGCCGCAGAACUAAGUGCUGCUUUAGUGGAUACUAGACUUACUAAUGCCAUUGCAGCCGUAUUUAUAGCCUGCAGUAAAGAGUUUUGCACUAAGAUUGAGGCCCAAAUAAAAUUAGGACCCGAUUCGGUGCAAGUGGUAGAUCUACCCAAUACCCAGCAAAUACAGAAUACUUUAUUGGCCAAUAUUUUAUACUAUUUCAAAGACUCUACCAAACGUAUGCUGCAGGAUUUAGGGCAACAAUUUUCUAAAUCCCAAUCUACUGCCAGGGACGAUAUUGCCAAGUCUUUGGAACAGGCUGAUCUUUUGAUAGGCACUAUACUGCAGCAAAUUAUGGAUUCUAUAGUGUCCACCAUUAAUAUCAUUAUCUUGAGUAUACAUCGUGAGCCGGGCUUGAAUUCGGAAAAAAUUUCCACAGCUGGACCCUCGAUGUAUAUGAAAGAAUUACAAGAGUUUAUUAAUCGUUCUUGGACAAAUCACAUUGUACCCUACGAUGACAAGGACAUAACAAUGAGAUGUGGUCAGGAAGUGGCCAAAAGAUGUAUUGAUUUUUUCAUACACAACAUCAGUAUCCUAAGACCUCUAAGUCAAGCGGGUAGACAGAGAUUAAAGAACGAUUGUUUGCAUAUGGAAAACACCCUUAAGCCAUUGUGUACCAAUCUCUAUGAAUUGGGUAAUUCAGCUCGUUUACUACGUGCCAUGUCAUUCCUUAUUGUACAAGAUCCCGCGCAAUUGAUUAAACAAACUAUCGGUGCAGAUUCUCUAGUACCUUCUUACAUUAUUUUACUUCUGUUAUUUGCUCAUGCUGGUCCAGAGCUACAAUCACCCCACACCACUGUUAAUUGGUCUAAUGAACGUUUGAUUGAAUGGCUGGAGGGUCAUACAAAUGAACGUGAAAAAUUGGAAUUGAUUUCGGGAGCCUUGCAGCGUUACAGGGAUGGCGUUAGACGCCGCAAAAGUGAACAGUAUGAUGAAGUGUUUCCUCUAAUGGUGGAAUAUUUCGAAAAAGCUUCAAAAGUCGAUGCUUAAUGAUAGUUGUUAAGAAAUAUUAUUUUUUUGUAAAGUUAUCUUAAAAUUUAUUAUUUAAAAGUAUGAAAUAAAAAUAUACAUAGCUUAGCUUGA